GAUAAGUACGUAAAUUACUAAUAAUAUUAACGGGCAAUGUAAAAUUAUUGUCAUAAAAGAAAAAGCUUCUAUUAACGUGUAGUGAUGUAAAGAAAAACAAACCGGAACAAAGACCUAUUCAAUAUUAAUAUCUCGGUUUCAGUUAAAUUACAUAGAAUAUAGAUGUUAUACAAGCACGCAAUUAACACAAUCAUUAACGUCAAGACGGUAAUUGAUAUUUAUAAACGGAUGAUAGAAUUUAACUGGUAGAAUAUCGAAUAUACCAUCAGUGUACACGUGUACAGACUGAUAGAAAUACUAAAAUCAAGCAAACCAACAUGAUCAUUCAAUCUAUCUUCAUACAAAUUACGUUUUGGUGGUCGCUAUCGACAAUGGUCGACUGUAUCCCGGUGGAGGAACCAAGUGAACGGCGGAUAACUGUAGACAGCGUUCCGCUCCCUGACAUUCCAAUGGCCAGCGAAGAGAGCGUUCACAUGCUAACGGCCGUCCGAUUCCCACCACCAGCGCUGUUCUUCGCAAAUCCCGACAAGAAAUGGUCACUGGGCGAUUUCGAAAAAGCUGAUCGGGCCACGACAUACUCGGUCACUGACGAUAUGUCCGAAACGCAGGACCAACAAGACUCAUACCCACAACAGGACCAAGCCACGACCCUAGAACCAGAAACGGAAGCAGAAGUCGAGACGACCACCAUAGGGGCCGCAGUCGGCGAAUUGGUAAAUAGACUACAACAAACGACCAGUGACGGACACGUGGAAAGUUUGCGACCGACUGGUGACGGACAUGCGGAAAGUCAUCAGCCUACCGGUGACGGACUCGUGGAAAGUUUGCGGCCGACUGGUGACGGACAUGCGGAAAGUCAUCAGCCUACCGGUGACGGACUCGUGGAAAGUUUGCGGCCGACUGGUGACGGACAUGCGGAAAGUCAUCAGCCUACCGGUGACGGACUCGUGGAAAGUUUGCGGCCGACUGGUGACGGACAUGCGGAAAGUCAUCAGCCUAUUGGUGACGGACUCGUAGAAAGUUUGCGGCCAAAUGGUGACGGACAUGGGGAAAGUCAUCAGCCUACCGGUGACAGACUCGUAGAAAGUCUGCAACCCACCCGCGACCGACUAUCGGGCAGUCGGCCGACCACCGUCGAUCGGCUCAUCGUCACGCCAAAACAGCAACAACUACCGGUGCGUAACGUGAACCAACGGCCGGCAGACCGUUGGUCGGAAAAGCGGUGGACGACCUCCCGAGACCGAUUACGACGCCCUGUCGCAUCGGAAUACGACCGAUCGCCAAUCCGGACCAUUGUUUUAACUAGCCGACCACUUCCGGUGCCCGGCGCCGAUGUCCGAUUUCCCGACGUCGAGUACGCGGUGGCUCGUCUUGGCGAGCGGAAGAACUUGCACGAUUUCCGCCGACAAUAGUACACAUACAGUAAUUAUAUUAAAUUGUAAAUCUGAUUACCACACAAUCGUAUUGUAAAGAGCUAACCACAGACUUUGCUGCAGGCCAACUUAAGUUGCGCGUUACUGCAGUAAUAUUGCGCUGUGAAUUGGUAAUUCGAUGUAUGUUAUUGUUUUUAAAUUAAUAAUAAUAAUAAUAAUAAUAAUA